GACGAAGAGCAGAGGUGACACACCGAGAAGCUGUUGUUCGGAUCAGAUUCUGUUCACACUGAGUGUUGAGUAAAAAAUGAUGAUGAUGAUGAGGAUGAUGAUGAAGAUGUCCCUGUGGCUCCUGCUGCUUGGCCUCGCCGUGACGUCUGCUGCUGCCGCCGGACCAGGCAGCUGCGUGGCUCGCUGCGGGGAGGUUUUCACCAGAGGUCAACAGUGCACCUGUGACUUCAGGUGUCUGCAGUAUAAUGAGUGCUGCCCAGACUUUGAGACGACCUGCACCACUGCUCAGUCCUGUCUGGGUCGCUGCAGCGAGCCGUUCAGACGUGGUCAGCUGUGCGAGUGUGACCCCCAGUGCACCCACCACAACACCUGUUGCCCUGACUACCAGCUACACUGCGAUGCCGGAGUGUCGGCCUCACACCCCGAGGCUCUGCUGCCUCUGAGAGCUGCUGCUGCUGCUGCUGCUCCUGCUGCUCCUGUUUCAGGUCAGAGUUCAUCCACAACAACCAACCAGCAGCACAGCUUCCCUUUCUCUGCUCGCUUACCUUCACUAGAGUUUGUGAUCGCUGUCCCAGAUCUUGCAACCCUGUGCUCCUGUCUGAACGUCACACUGAUGUUGGAUAACAGGUGUGUUCUCACAGUCUUCAUAAAAGCGAUACCUGUGUCCUCCUCUUCCUCAGGUAAUCAAAAAUCAAAGAGCAAGAAGAAGGCCAACAGUGAGAGCGAGGAGAAGCUCACAGCCGGUCCGGGAGGUUCCAAGUCCAGACCCAGCACCCUGCAGGAUGUGGCCCAAUCCAGGGGGCUCUCUGUGGUGGACGCAGGCUCUGAGGGAGCAGGAGCAGGUGUCGGUCUGCUGCCGCUGUCCAUCCCCGGGUCUCCACACUCCCCGGCGCCUGCAGAUACUCUGCCCAGCUACGGUGUUCCAUCUCAGGGCGGCGGGGCUCCAGUGAGCCCCUCUGGUCGUGGAGCUGUUGGUGGUGGAGUGAACGGCCAGCUGGUGCUGUCACCUGAGGGAGGGAUUCCAUACGGGUCAAGUCAAGAUGCCAGGUUACAGGCGCAGCAGGACAUAGCCCAAGCCUUGGGGCUCUCCCUGGCGGACGUGGGUCCUGAGGGACCAGAGGCCGGAAUAUUUAUUGAUGUAGGAUUAUGCAGUGAUUCUCCCAUCAAUGGACUGACAGCUUUAAGCAAUGGGACCAUCCUGAUAUUUAAAGGUGAGCUGUUCUGGUCAGUGGACCCUGUCAGUCAUGAAGCUGGUCUUCCUCAGAGCAUCACAGACACUCUGGGCGUCUCGUCUCCCAUCGACACCGUCUUCACCCGCUGGAGCUGCGACAGAAACACAAACACAAACACAAACACAAAGACCUACAUUAUCAAGGGAGACCAGUUCUGGAGUCUGGAUGGGAACAUGGUUGUGGAGCCGGGUUAUCCGAAGCCUCUGGCCUCUGAAUUCCCCGGUCUGACAGGAACCAUCAGAGCUGCUCUGGUUGUCCCAGCAACCAAGAACCGGCCGGAGACUGUCCACUUCUUUAAGGAUGGAAACGUCAUGCAGAGCUUCACCUACCCACCAUGCACCACAAAACCCAGGAGCUCCUUGAAGAAACGCUUGACUCGCCAGGCUGGUCUUCUAAGUGGAGAGAUCAACAUCAAAGUGUCUCUGAAGGGAUUCCCCAGCCCCAUCACAUCUGCCCUGACCAUGCCCAACCCCCAGAAGAGCGACAGAUUCUUCCACUACCUCUUCUCCGGACCGCUCUUCUUCAGAGUCCAGAUUGUAAGUGGCUCGCCGGCGAUGGCCAAACCUGACCCCUCUGCCCCCCUGGCCCCGCUGCCCAUCCUCGGCCCCGCCGCCACAGCAGCCAACUCUGCCAACAUGGCCCCCCACAAUGUCAACCGCGCCGCCCCGGCCAACUCCAUCAAAGUCUGGCUGGGCUGUCCCUAAAAAAAGCAUCCCGAGGAGGAGGCGACGCUGUUCCGGUGUUUUCUGCUUCUAGUCUCUAAUCCAUCUGUAAUGGUGCGGCUCCUUCUGGCAC